GAAUCACAGAGCAGUGUUACGCCGGACGAGCAGCGAAGAGAGCGCAGCCAGCAGCGUGGCAGGCAUGGAGCCUUUCGGGUUUGAAUCGGGGCCGAGCCGGGCGGUGCAGACGUUCCAGUCGCACGAGGAAAGCUACCAUCGGUGCUCGAUGUCGAUCAACCGCGCCAUCAACGGCAUCCAGCUGAACAACCUUGUUGACGCCGUCGGCGCGACCUCGCUGCCGCUCGACCUUCAAGAAGCCGAACAACAUGUGAAGGGCAUGGAGAUCGAAGUCCGUUCGAUGAAGGGCAACGAGCGGCGUCAGUGCCAGAGCAGAGCCAACCAGUGCCGGGCCGACUUGAAAGCUCUGCGCAGGAGCAUAGACCAGGCAGGGCAGCGGGCCCAGGCGGAGGAGCUGAUGCGUCGAAGUGGCGGCGGGGCAAUCGGAGGGGGACCGAGAAAUUUCUCGGAAAGCGGUGGCGACCUAGGGGGGCUGGGCCCGGAUCUUGCGCAGCAGAGUCUCGCCAGGAGUCGAUUGAGUCUUCAAGACUCUCGAAGAGUGCUGGAGGAGACCGAGGGCAUCGGGCGCGGCGUCAUGGGCGACCUGGAGUCGCAGCGGGAGUCCCUCCUGCGCUCCCGGACGAGCGUGCGAGACACCGGGGCGGCCGCGGGGCAGGCGCGGCGCCUGCUGGGGUCUAUCUCCCGUCGGGAGCUGAGACACCGGCUGUGCCUCUACGCUGUCAUCGCCCUGCUGAGCGCGGCGAUCGUUUUCGUCCUUUACCUCAAGAUCCGACGGCGAAGUCUCUUGUGAAAAAAAAAUCUCUCUUUUUGUUUUUUUUUUUGCGUUUUUGACACCCAGUAGGAUGGAUUCGUGUAGGCAACGGGUGCUCAACACAUGACCACCACCGUGAAGAACGGCUGUCCUGCUGGUGAGCUACACAAGGGGAGCGAAACCCUCUCCGUCGAAGACAGUCGCAUCGUAGGAGCUUGAUUGGAACAUUCCGUGUCAUGGUGACUGGCAUCGUCGGCGAGGCUAAGGCAGAAAUGUAAAAUCUCGUUGUUCUGGUCG